ACUGCCUUCGUGACCACAACAGACCUUUUAGCCCAUACAAUUCCUAACGCCAUGACAGCUACUUCCACUUCUAUUAUGCCCUCAGCUACAACUACAGAUUCCUCAAUUUAUACGGACACAACAAUUUCUUCAAGUCCCAUGACCACUCGGACCACGAUAGCUCGCAGAAACUCAAAAGUCACAUUAGCUCCUCUGACAACUAAUUCUACACCUGUCCCAGUGAGGAAAACCAACUUUUCACCCCCUAUGACUCCCAUAUUCAUAACAGAAAUAGCAAAAUCCCAAGAUGUGAGCUCCACUUCCACAGCUACGUCUGAAGCCACCAUCCUGGAAACAUCAACUACCUCAGCCCAGACAAUGACUACCACAGCUACAGCUCUUAAAAAUGAACCCACAUCUAUAAGCCCUGCAGCCAUAACUCCAGUCUUCACUGCCACCAGUAUGACUUUAGAACCCAUAACUACAGCUUCCUCAGCUGCAUCUACAGGCACAGAGGCCACAACUACAAAUGCCACUUCUGCUCUAACAAACUUUCAUAUUAAUACUUCCUUCAUGAUUACAAUAGGCACUUUAGCUCCUUCAACUCCCAACCCCAGGAAAAGUACUGCCUCUACUCUUGCACCUUCAGCUUCAAGCGCAGGUUUCACAAUUCACACAGCCACAACACUUCCAUCAAGACCCACAACAACUAGUAUCACAACAGCCUUCACAACCGCAAUUGUUAAAUCCCCACAUACAAGCGCUCCUUCCAUAGCUACAUCGGAAGUCCCCGUUAAGGAUACAUCAACUACCACUCUCUUAGUUCCAUCUACGGCCACAAAUGUUAUUUCAGCCCCAGGAACCAUUACCACCUCAAGGACCACAACAGACUUUUUAGCCACUACAAUUCCCAUGGCAACUGCUGCCACUACUCUUGUACCUUCAGCUACAACUACUGAUUUCAAUAAUCACAGAACCAGAACCCUUUCUUCACAUCGAACAACAAGUCAGAUCACUUCAUCCCUAAUAACUACAUCUAUUACUUCCAUUUCUACACCUAAACCACAUAAUAUUUUAACACCAGCAACAACACUCACAAAGGCAACACCCUCCAAUGACUGGACAAACCCUCCAAUGGCAACAAGUGAAACUUCUGUUAUUGGACAUACACCAGUGCCUUCAGCCUCUAUGAAUUAUUUGACAAUUUUGGCUACCCCGAUUGUAUCACUAGCUAUAGCUGACAGUACAAGCAUUCCCUCAGUCACCAGAACUCACGUCCUUACUUCAGCCUCACAAAGCACAAAAUCCUCCUCAGCCCCCACCACUAUUCCCUCAACUUUCACAGCUCAGCCCACAGAUUCAUCUCCCAGUACUACACCACCAACAGAUCCAGCAACUGUUGUCAUGGCUACUAAUUCAACUCCAAUAACAAUGGCCUUAGAGGAGGCAUCCGUAGCCACAAAUAAGAAUUCCUCCCAGAAACCAGCCUCUGUCCAUAUCACAACCCCAUUCAGCACCACAUCCCACUUUUCCUCUGGUACCACAGAAGAAAAAUCAGCUGCACCUACCAAAGGAACCCUUAUCUUUUUUUCACAAAAGCCAAGACUCGUUGUUGUAAACCCCGUUCAAUUUCAGUAUCCAGUAGUAAUUUGUGAAACCAUUUCUGCAAUGUCCGUUUCUGGUACUGUCCCCUUGAGCAGUACCAACAGAACUAAGGAUGACCCUAUCAGGGAAGUCCGUUCCAGUGGGCCCGACCCAAAGGAUGCACACAGCCCUAACACAAUGGCAACAGGGAACAACAUAGGAGCAGAUGGGACACUGGGCCUGCAAAUGCGAAUAAGCAGGGUAUUUCACUCUGCUUACUGGGAUCCAAACACACCCGAGUACUUGGAGCUAGCUAGAAAUGUGACAGAGGAGGUGAGCCCUGUUUUUAAGACAAUGUACCCAAAGACCUUUGUGCGAUGCCAAGUGGAUGGCUUCUGGAAUGGAUCAGUGGGUGUUGAUGUGACUCUUACAUUCAUGAAUCAGGGAGUGGUUCCAAGCAGAGACACAGUUGUGGAUUAUUUAUCUGCAGCUUUGAGUACUGGGCAGUCUCAACUGGAUGUUAUACCAGGUAGUAUCAUUGCACGAUGACUGGCAGAAGCUAAACCAGAACACCAGCACCACAGGUGUCCCACCCACCGACCUUCCAAUCAUUCAAUUUGACACAAAUGCCUGAAGCAACAUGAUCCAUUGCUUAAAGCAGCUACACAGAUCAACCAUGUCAUGAACCGUGUGACCGCAUCAAUGACACCUACAUUAACACACUGAUAGCUGCCAAAUGAAAGGGCAGAUUUGAUGUAAAAGAAAUAACCUGUUGUUCUUUGCAUUGUUUAUUUUAAACUACUGAAAUGUGUCAACCGCAGUGAUAGAAUUUUUCAUCUUAAAAAAUAAAUAAAGACCACCCGCCAUAUUUAAAAAUGCAUGGCAUCUAAUUCUACAUUAGUUUCACCUUUCUUCCCUCCAUUGGAAUUAUAUGGUACUGCAUGUGCUGGAAUUUAUUGAGGAAUAGAUCCCAUGCAUUUUAAAAUAUGGCGGGUGGUCUUUAUUUUUUCUUUAAAUAUAAACAAUUCUACAGCUCCUGGAGCAUCUGUUAAGAUAUUUAACAAAUCAAUGCACCCCCCACUCCCAAGGAGCUUACAAGAUUUCCAUUUUCAUUUAAAAAAUUAAACUUUUGAACAUAAUUCACGUAUGAUUAUCUGCACAUAUAAGUACACAUAUCAUACAAUGAAAUAUGAAGUGUUUAUAGACAAGUUUAUAAGUUUAAGCAGGUGGUUUUAAUGUUGUGGCUGAUACAAAAAAGCUGUGUAAAUCCAGCUGAAUUUGUUCAUUUUCUUCCAAUUGCACGUACAUUUACAUGCAAAUUUAGGAAAAUAUUGAUAAAUUAGGCCCAAAAUGUAUUGCUUUUUCCUCUGUAGAGGACAGUGGCCAUCCAGUGCAUUCCAAUAAAGCAAACAUAAUAUUCUAUAAUGCAAUUAGCUUCACUGGCAUUUUAAAGACUAAACAAUGAUUAUGUCUCUUUGCUAAUAGUUUGUGUCCAAAUUUGGACAGCGCAUUCACAAAAGUCUGUGCUUUGUAAACAUUUCUGGAAAUCCUUCACAACCUAUACAAAGUCACAGAUCAAGGUACUCAUAUAUUUAUUCUGUAGUAUCAGACAGACACUGCACCGUAGACAGAACAUUAUCAGAUGUCUACAGGACUGACAGGUCUUGUUCAAACAAAUCUGGAUUAUAUGAUUAGAGUAAGAUUGAUUAAGCACACAAUCCUGUUAAUUCACAGGCAUAACUUGCUUCAUGGGUCAGAUCAAGUGCACACCGGUGACAAAGCAGGAAAGUAAUAUAAUUCCUAUUGUCACACCCUUUCCAGUGCUUACCUGUGUCUCUGCUGAAUCAUCACUAAUGGCCUCAUUGCCCUGUUAUGGAAAAGCCAUUCUGAUAAUGGCCUUGGAAGUUGCACGAAAUCACUGUGCUGUACUGAUGUGUGUAUGUGUUGACCAUGAAGUAAAAAGUAGCUAGUUACAGAAUGAGCUAUUUCUGUAACCAGCCAUAACCAACAUAGAAAAUAAAAAAUAAACUACCUUCUUGUUCA